AUGGCUAUGGUAGAUAUGGAGUUAGUGAAAGACAAGGUAUUCAUGGCCUUGUCCGGUAGUGUGACCAAGAGAGAGGUAUCAAUACUAGUCCUACAACUUGCGGUGUUUACAUCAGCUGCUCCUAAAGGUAACCAGCUUUCCACGAAAUCAACUUUGAACUUAAGCGGCUGCAGCGACGGGGAGGUACGGCAUGUUGACGGCAAUUGCGUAACUCCAAUAAUCAAUCGCCGUCUUUUCCUUUACGUCUUACCAAAAAAUCCAACAUCUGUCAAUCGCCCCGAGAUCGUUCUAAAGCAGAAAGUGGAACGCAAUCUGAUUUUUGUAAGACUUCCUGUGGAUGUUCAGCGUCAAGAACCAGUUAUCUUACCUCCUGCAGAACAGCAGUACAUCGUGUAUGUUCUCCAUAAGCAGUCAAAACAGGAUCAGCAAGUGGUCGACGUCCCCGCACCUUCGCCGUUAAAGCCGGAGGUCUUCUUCGUCAACUACGCGGACGGGGAAAACCCAACGCUUCCAGGUGACGUGAAAUUAAAGAGGGUUCUGGACUCGGCUUUUCAAGGUAGCGGUCCCGUGGUCGGAGGCUCCGGCGGAGGCGGUGAUGGCGUUGAGACUGAUGGGGGAUUAAGGUAUAGGGGAAGAAAUCUUCAUUUAGAUAUUGGGUUCCCUGACGGAAGCUCAGCGGGUGACCUCGGUGAUGUUGACAUUCUUACGAAAGAUAUGAGGUCAUUGCCCAACAACCCCCGGAGUGUUCCACAUUAA